CAAUGAAGUACGCUACGUCACCUACACCAUCUCGCAGCAACAGCUCGCUGCUGGGGAUGUCUUCCAGAACUACAUCACCAUUACCUGCACCGGCUAACUAUAGAGAUUGCAUGAGUGCGACCACGAAAAGUUACAAAUAUUUGCGGCGCUUCGUCAAAUUUGAUCAAAUGGACUUUGAAUAUGCAAUGUGGCAGAUGGUAUACCUGUUCAUAGCACCGAAGAAAGUGUAUCGUAACUUCAACUAUCGCAAACAAACCAAAUCGCAAUUCGCUCGGGAUGAUCCAGCAUUUCUGGUGUUGCUUGUAGGAUGUCUUUGUGUUACAUCAAUUGGCUUUGCGUGGGUUUUAAGCUUAGGAUUCGCUCAAACCAUCCUGUUCACGCUGUAUGUCGUGUUCGUCGACUGCAUAUUCUGUGGUAUGAUCGUAGCCACCUUACUGUGGCUGAUUACGAAUCGAUACUUUCGCGAUCGGAAUAGCGAUUUCGAUAUGGAGUGGGGUUACGCGUUCGAUGUGCACCUGAAUGCAUUUUUCCCACCACUGAUACUGCUUCAUUUCAUACAGCUGUUUUUCUACCAUCCGCUGAUCAGUAGGGAUUGGUUUAUUUCAACCUUUAUCGGCAAUACAAUCUGGCUAUUGGCGCUAGGAUACUACAUCUAUAUUACGUUUCUGGGGUAUAAUGUUGUUCCAUCGUUGAAAAAUACGCGAAUAAUUCUCGUAACUCUGCCGCUACUGUGUUUGUUCUACGUAAUGACACUAAUUAUAGGAUGGAACUUGAGUGUUUCGCUGAUGUACUAUUAUCACUAUCGGGUGUUAUAA